UCAUCUCCUUCUUCUUCUCCUUCUUCGCUCUCUCUGUUCUUUUCUUCUUCUUCUUCUUCUUCUUCUUUCUCUGCAAAUCCUUCUCCUUCAACCUCCCCACUUUGCCUCUCCCUCCAGGUACUAUGGGUUGGCCUUACAUCGGCGAAACCUUUCAACUUUACUCUCAAGAUCCCAACCUCUUCUUCGCCUCCAAAAUCAGCAGGUACGGCUCUAUUUUCAAGUCCCACAUUCUGGGUUAUCCUUGCAUCAUGAUUUCAAGCCCCGAAGCUGUGAAAUUCGUGCUCAACAAAGCUGAUCUCUUUAAGCCAACUUUCCCUGCAAGUAAAGAGAGGAUUCUGGGCAAGCACGCUCUCAUGUUUCACCAAGGAGAGUACCAUUCUAAGCUCAGAAGACUCGUUCUUCGUACCUUCAUGCCUGAAACUAUUAAACACAUCGUCCCCAACAUCGAGACCAUCGCCAUAGCUUGCCUCCGUUCCUGGGAAAACCGAGAGAUCACCACCUUCCUAGAAAUGAAGACUUUCACCUUCAAUGUGGCUCUGCUUUCCAUCUUGGGAAAAGAGGAGGGAGGGUACGGGGAGGAUCUUAAACGGUGUUACUACAUUCUGGAGAAAGCGUACAACUCGAUGCCGGUGAAUCUGCCGGGCACUCUGUUUCACAAGGCAAUGAAAGCGAGGAAGGAGCUGGGUGAGACACUGAGUCGAAUUAUGGCGAAUAGGAAGAGGGAGAAGAAGACGGAAGAGAAGAAAGACUUGUUGGGGUGGUUGAUGGAGGAGAAAGCAGGGCUCACUGACGAGCAGAUUGCAGAUAACGUUAUCGGCGUCAUUUUCGCAGCUCGGGACACGACGGCGAGUGUGCUUACGUGGAUAGUCAAGUACCUCGCUGAGAAUCCCUCGGUUCUACGAGCAGUGACUGAGGAGCAACGGAGGAUAAUGAAGAAGAAGGAAGAAAGUGGAGAAGGGAAGGCUCUGAAUUGGGAAGAUGUCAAGAACAUGGCCUUAACUUCAAGGGUCAUUCAGGAGACUCUUAGAAUUGCCACCAUUUUGUCCUUUACUUUCAGAGAAGCUGUCCAAGAUGUUCAAUACCAAGGAUUCUUGAUCCCAAGAGGGUGGAAAGUUUUGCCCCUCUUCAGAAACAUACACCACAGUGCAGACAACUUCAAUGAGCCAGACAAGUUUGAUCCUUCUAGAUUUGAAGUUUCUCCAAAGCCCGAUACUUAUCUGCCAUUUGGGAAUGGGACCCAUGCAUGUCCAGGGAAUGAACUUGCUAAGUUGGAGAUCUUGGUGCUUCUCCACCACCUAGUCGCCAAUUACAGGUGGUCCCUGGAGGGAGCACAAAAUGGGAUUCAAUAUGGGCCAUUUGCACUCCCCGACGAUGGCUUGCCCAUCAGAUUGUUUCCCAAGAAGCAGAUUCCCCACUAAGAUUAUUUCAAAUUUCUAUAUAUAUAUAUAUAUAUAUAUAUAAAUCAACGGCCUCAAAUAAUUAUCUCCCAAAUUGGUUCCAGAUGGUGAAGAUGAAUCAUCAACAGUUCAACACCACCACCAAAGGCAACUGUAUAUAGCAGAAUAGUAUUCAUGAAGCCUGAAAAUUUCAGAUUUCAGAGUAUUCAAUUUGUAAAAUGUUUGCAUUGUUUAAUUGAAAAAAUUAAUGGAAUGAAAAACUAAGUAACAAUUAUCACAUAU